AUGGACGGAUUCGAAGGCAUCACCGACCAGUUAAAAGCUCUAUUGUCGCGGCACUUCCAAGUGGUCGCCACCCACUCGCAACGUCAAGACCAAUGGUACAAACGCUCUUAUCAGUCCUUCGCGGCAGAACAUGGCAACCGUGAGCCACUCAUCAUUGUGCCACGCGAAUCCCCGGAAGAAUGGGCUCCCCAAGUCCGCCGCUUCGCGAGAAUUCUUGCUGCUCGGGUGAUAGCUGCGAUUGAAACUCAGACUUCUCAAUCGAGAGAUACUACCUCAGACUCAAGGCUUUUCCCGGACUGUGUUCUCGACGCGAUACAUAACGAACCACUUAGUCGCGCUGUCAGAGGGAACGAACAGCUGCGACCAGUUGCUAUGCAGAUCACGCGAUGGACUUCAACGAAUGCUUACAUAUUCAGCGGGGCUGAACGGAUGACAGGUAUCAAAGCGCUCAUCGCGUGUGGAGAAAUCGAUGUCUUGCUCCGAUUGGCAACGCUGCCACAGACGCAUCCACCGAAAGAACGUGAGAUAGAUCCUUCACGGUGGAGACACCUGAACAGAGACUGGCAGGAUGUCAUCGAUCAUAUCCUUUCCAUUUUGUGGUUUCUCGGGGCCAUGGAUUCCUUUCCUGAGGAUUUCAUUGCUGAAGGCGGUUACAAGUACUGGGCCCCCAUCGCAUUCCACAAUUAUCUUUCGCACAUCCAACCAUACAUCGAAGCCCAUGACGGCAAGGUACCAAGUACCGGCGAGGCAAUACAAAAAGAGAUAUCUCAUUGCAUCAAGGCGCUAGUUGCAGCUCAAACAUUCUCCACCAAAGCUGGCUUCGACCCUAUCCAGUGGGAAGACCGUAUCAUGGACGGUUUUCUCUACAUCCUGGGGUUCGAGGCCUGGAAUAGGAGUAGAGAGGGGGCAGGCUAUCUGGGCUGUGAUCUGAAUGUCACCAAAACUGCAAAGUCGCUUCGCAGUAUCAGCCACGGGGAGGACGAUGACGAUGUUGUGGAGGAGGCAGUCCAGGGCAGUAAAGGUGCUGCUUCAAAGCCCAGAGACCCUCUCAAGCUGAGAGAGCCAAAGAAGGAGAUGGCUCACGAGAUGGACAAGGAGGAGGAACAGGAAAUGGAGAAGUUGGCUGUUCUGGAGACUGACGAGAAAGACUAUGGGCGAAGGAGGAGUAUGAAGUAUAUGACGAAGCACAAGAAUUAG